AUUCGAUUUUAGAGAUAAGUUAAUUUUCAGGAAAGAAGAAUCACGAAAUGCGGAACUUCAAAAGGAUAUUCAUUCGAAUGAAUAACACUAUAAUAAUAAGAAAAUGGAAGGCAUAAAGAUGUGGCAGUGCAGGCAUUGCGAAAAAAUGGUUCCAGUGCAACUAUACAUUCUUCACGAUACGUACUGUGGAAAGACGUUGAACAGGACGAAAAAUUACCACACUGUUCCGGAUUCGUCAAGGACCAAAUACAUAAAAGGAGGCUGGAUAGAGGCACAUCAGAAAUUAAAAGAAUUUAUAAAAAUUUCGUUAAGAAAUGAGGAAUGGAAAGAACUAGAAGAAAGACAGACAGCACAAAAGACGGAAGAUAAGAAAAACGAGGAAGAAGAUGACGAGUAUAUUCAGCUAGAUCUGACAGAGGAAGAAUCUUACCUGACACUCAACGACGAAAUUGAGAAAACGGAGGAAUUGCUGAAAAAAUAAACAUCGUUCCAAACAGAGGGGGGGGGGAGGUUGUAACGAAGUUACAAGCGCCCCGCUACCGUACGGCACUGUGGGCCUGGGAGAAGGAGUGGGGAACGACACCCAAGUCCUUAUUACCACAAACACCAUCCCCGAAUAGUCAGUCCUUACCUUUGUGUCUUGUGCUCAGCACACGUCUUCCGGGAUUGUCAACCCAGUGUUCCGCCACCGUCCAGCUCUACGCCAGAAAGCCAAGCUGUCUGCCCCAGUUAUAAACCAAGCUGAUAGAUACCUUCCAGAACUUCAACCUGCUCUCGGGGAUAACUGGCGAGAUUGAACAGCGAUUGUGGGGAAGCAGGUCCCACCACCGU